CGGCGCCUUAUUUACCCAGCGGCGCAGCGCGGUGCGGGUGCGAAGGUGCCCCGCUUCGAAAAAAAGAGGAACCCCCCCCCCCCCUUCCUUCCAUGACCACCAAAGAACGUGCCGCGUAGCGCGUGUUGCUCAGGUGGCCGGUGUUGAAGCGCGCGUGGUUGUGUGCGCGUCGUGUGUGUGUGGCAAAAACGAGAGUGCGCCGCGCGCGCGAUACCCAGCGAGCGAGCGGCAGGGUUUGUUGUGAGCUGUGGCGACGGUGCGGUGUGUGGUCAUCGGCGGCGGGAGUCGUCGUGCGAUGCGCCAACUGCGAUGACGGCAACGAGCAUGUUGGGCCAGCACAAAGGCUACCAGGACGCGUCGUCCGGCUGCGCUGGCUCCAUGAGCAACGGCGGAUCGGGCGCGGCGGCCGCCAUGCAGCCGCUGCAAGGCGGCUACAACAUGGGCAUGGCCGGCAUGCACGCGGGCUACGCGCCGCAGUCGUUCGGCAACGGACCCGCCAUGACGUCGGGCUCGGCGUGCAUGUCGCCCUCGGUGGCACCGCUGGGAUCGAUGAACUCCAUGAACUCGCUGGGGCAGGCCGGCAUGAACGGGGUGUCGGCGGGUCUCAUCGGCGGCCUGGGUCGCGACUUCCUGCCGGCGGCCACGGUUCCGGGCAGCGCGCCGGCCUCCGGUGCGGGCCCGGACUCUCCCGGCGCCCUGCAGAGGGCCCGUGCCGACUCGAAGGCGUACCGGCGGUCGUACACGCACGCCAAGCCGCCCUACUCGUACAUCUCGCUCAUCACCAUGGCCAUCCAGAAUAGCCCGAGCAAGAUGCUGACGCUCAGCGAGAUCUACCAGUUCAUCAUGGACCUGUUCCCCUACUACCGCCAGAACCAGCAGCGCUGGCAGAACUCCAUACGCCACUCGCUCAGCUUCAACGACUGCUUCGUCAAGGUGCCGCGCACGCCGGACAAGCCGGGCAAGGGCUCCUUCUGGACGCUGCAUCCGGACUCAGGCAACAUGUUCGAGAACGGCUGUUACCUGCGGCGCCAGAAGCGCUUCAAAUGCGAGAAGCGAGAGGCCGUGCGGCAGGCGCAGAAGGCCACCACGGGCGGCAGUCACCACCACAACUCGAAGACCAAGAUGGCCGCCGAGUCUCCGGGACACAUGAUGCAGCCACCUCCUCCGCAGCAUCACCAACAACAGCAGCAGCAACAUCAGCAGCAGCAACAGCAACAGCACUCGCAACAGCAGCAGCAGCAUCAGUCGCAGCAUUCACAGCAGCAGCAGCAUCAUGCGCUGGCGCCCACCUCGAAUCCGGCCAUGCUGGGCAUGGGCUACGGAUCGCACCAGGACCCGUCCAGCUGUUGUUCCCCGGCCAUGGGCCCUCACCACGCGCUACACGAGUCCUUGCUCAAGGUGGACCCGCACUACAACCCGUCGAGCCACCCGUUCUCGAUCAACAGCAUCAUCGCGGCGAACGAGAGCAAGGCCGACCUGAAGCUGUACGAGAUGUCCCAGUACGGCGGCUACAACCUCUCGCCGCCGCUCGCGGGCCACACGGCUCUGCCCAACGACUCGUCGGCGGGGUACUACCACCCGUCGCUCUACUCCAUGUACCAGUCGGCCACGCCCAGCCUCUGAGACGAGGAGCUGCGGGACUUCUGAAGAGGACUCCCGCACGCCGUGUAGCUCUUGUUUCCCGCGAGGGGGACGUGCUCCUCCUUCUCGCCACGGUCCCGGCAGACUCGGCACCCGCAGGAUCGUUGGACACCGGCGACGUGGCGCAUGCUGUUCAAGGCCGGCGCAUCCCGGGGAUAGUAUGAACCGUCCUGACCACCACUCGCGUACGCCGCCAUGGCCUGCUGAGAAACAAGUCGGCCCGACGAACAACCGGAGAUCCGCAGAGAAGAACCCCAGGCACGCGGUCGGGGCCGUCUGUUCAGAGACCGCAGCGCUUCCUGUCGGCUCGCGCACGUAGCCACGAAAGACAUCGCGUUGCUUCCUCUGUUGUCGCCGCGAGCUUGCGUUUACCAUCGGCUGAAGGUUGACAUGCGACUGCUUCCUUCUGGAACGGAACGCGACGCUUCUGGAGUCUCAGAGCAUCGCAGUGAAAAAUACCGAAGCGCUUCUGGUGAUCGACGGUUGCGACUCUUGCAAACGGGCACAUCUGGCACGAUAUGCCAACGUGCGUAAGAUUGGAGUUCGACCCCUUGUGGAAAAGUCAUCGCCUCCAGGAGGGUUUCUCGUUCGUUCUCGACGUGGAUAACGUGUUGCUGGCGUGAACUUCUCAGGCGACGCCUCGGCAACCCUUGGUCCCACCAUCGGUGCACGAGGGGCGCCAUCGUCAUGAUUACGUCAUCGAGUUCACUUUUUGCUCGUGCUGUGCUCUGACUGCUUCGUUCAUGGCCAACGUCACGAUAGGAGAAAUGCCGUUUGGCUGACCGCCGAGCCGAGUGGUUGAGGAGAGUUCCAGCUUACGGUGGCUCGUGACAACCCAGCAUGCGAUGCGAAGAAAAUAAUGAAGCAAAUAUUCUCAGCCUUGCUUCAAACGCAAGCAAGCGUGUCUGGCGCGUGCAUGUGUCGCUGUUGAUACUCGCAGAGUCUGUUGGCAGUGCACGUCUCUUUUUGUGACUGUGAAUUGUGUGCAGCUUUGAUUGAUUGCCUAUUCCAGCGAAACUGAUCUUGUCCCGCUUGAGCUAUGUUCGAGAGACGUGAGGGCUUAAGCGCUGGCGAUGCAUUGGAAGGAGUGUUUGAUAAGUGUGCUCAGCACGGGACAUCGUAGGCUCAAUUUCUUGAUAGUUGGAGAACCAACAGGGACCUUGGAUAGCCUUCGUUAGUUUAAGCUGACGACUUCGCGUCGCUCGCUCUGCCGACAACGUUGCUCAAUGACAUAAGGCGCCGUGUGGCAUCGCUUCGUAUCCUGACGAUUUCAGGAAAAUCGUUCGUUCUUUAUUUGUAUUUUUUUGCGCUGUGGAAGUAAGGCAGAAUUUACGGCAAAAACUUCACGCUCCGGUGACGCCGUAUCUCUGCAGUAAUCCUCGUUAUCUUGAUACGCGAAAGAAAUCGAUUCGAAAUCGGAGGUUAUUAGAGGGACCCCGUAAGCCCGAUGGCUUUCCAUCUGUCCGGCGCGUCAAGCGGACAUCGCCCGUGCUUUAAACGCCUCUGUCCUUGCACUGCUACGUGCAGCUCACCGUAUGCAAUAUAACGACAAAGUCUGGCUAUAGGCAUACGCCGUGGGUAACCAUGGAAACGAUAAUGUUUAGGCUGGCCCUGAGCGAUCGUGUCUCGCACGAGGGCAUGUUGACGAAGUGCCCGCUCUCGCAGCCGCUCCUGCGACAUCGUGAACCGGCGGGCACUUCCACGUCUGUCGUUAUGUCGCGGGAUGCAACUUCGUAAGUUGUCUUUAAAGAGACACUAAAGAUAAUUAAGUGGCCAGUCCCUGUGCGUCCGUCGCGGCGAGCGACUGCAUGGUACGGUACGUACAGGUCGCGCGAAAACAAGCUAUUUAUGUUAUUCUGAGCUAGCUUAACCUGAUCACUGCCCGGGAGAGAGAUAAUUUAAUAAGAAUGGGAAUGACAGGAAUGUUGAUUUAAAUGUUCAUAUACACAUAUUCAUAUACACAAAACUGCCCAUGUGAUUGGCGGUGAAAAAUUUUACACGAAAAAAGAAAGACAGAAAAAUACAAAAAAGCUAUCAAAAAAUUGAAAGCGACAAAAAAAAGUAUCAAAGAAAAAAGAAGGAAGAAGGAAACAGAUUCCGGUGCUUUGAAAUAUCUACUAUUGAUGGAAUUUUGAUGCUGAGAAUAAAAAUAGUGAAAGUGUAGUAGAGGGUAAGCGCUUAUUGCUCGUUUUUUCGAGAUAGUUACCGCCAAGAACCUGCCCCGUUCUGCGUGAACGAGGAGUUUACAAGUGCUUCUUUUAUAUACACAUUUUUUUUAUUUCGUCCGUACUCCUAUUUUUCUUACUCAGUCGUUUGCCUAAACGCUAUGGGAACAGCCCUACAAAUCACAACUGUGGCUGUACAGACUCUGCGAGUUCCUCAGCUUAGUUCGGGGGAGAAAAAAAAAAAGACUGCUUACCUUCUGAGUCAGGCACGGAUGGUGACGUCACCAAAUAAUAAUAAGAAAAUGAAACAGUUUACAUGUAUAGAAAUAUUAUCAAAGAAAAAGAACGUAAUGAUGCCUGCAAGACGCUGCUGCAGUGGAAGCUGUGAAUACUUGCUGUCGCUCUUGUUCGUGCCUUUGGAGGAUUCGCGGUUGAGGAAAACGUUAAAUAAGAAUGGAAGCAAAACAUCCAAGAAGACCCGUGGACGUGAAAGAGUGAAUACACUCCCAUUAUACACUACGCUAUUAUCUCCCUGGUUUGCUGGCCCGACGAAUCCAACACACGGAGUUGGGAAACACAGUGGGAUGUGACAGACUGACCACUUGAUGGAUCUGUGUAUCAUUGGAGUGACCGGCCGCGAGCUUGGUGUGAGAGCGCUAACAUCAUCAUCGUAUUGAUCACUCUGAAAGUUACAAGAAGCAAGGAAGCAACCCUUUAUUUAAUUAUUCAGGAGAUAUGCCGCAAGGCGUGCGUGAUUAAAGAAAAGAACUAGUAAACGCAUGCAGCCCUCGGUGAUGCAGGUGAUGCAACAACGAGUUUGUGCAUUUGUUGUUCCUUAUCAGAUGGGUAUGGUCCUCUGGGGCAUUGGGCACGAGUUCGGUGUACCAGAGUACGGCCACUGCGGGUGAUGAGUGUAAAUCGUCAGUUUUGAAAUUAACUCCAAAUUGAGAACCAAGAGCAUUACCAAUAGACAUUAAUUCUCAGUACUGUAUGGAUGAAAAAGAAUUAAUCCUUCAACCACUGCUCUCGGUAUUACUUGGAGGUUUCAAGUUGAAUUUAUUCAUGCGCAAUGCUUUUACAUCUUACGCAACGGAAUCCAGACAAAAAAUAAACAUACACACACA